AUGUUGAGUUUCUGGAACAUCGUCACUGGGAGAACCUUCUACACCAUAGUCUUCUCCCUCAUGGUGCUGGUUGGCCUGGGUGGGCUGGUGGGAAACGGUCUCGUGCUUUGGCUUCUGGGCUUCCGAGUGAAGAGGAACCCCUUCUCCGUCUACGUCCUCCACCUGGCCGGGGCCGACUUCCUCUUCCUGGGCUGCCAGACUGUGUUUGCCAUCCUCACCUUCACCCGGGGCCACCAACAGCUCUACCUGGUGAUCACGUUCCUCUGGUUCACCAUUGGCCUGGGCCUGAUGGUGGCCCUGAGCCUGGAGCAGUGCCUGUCGGUCCUCUUCCCCAAGUGGAGCGGCUGCCGCCCCAAGCAUGCGUCAGCCUGUGCAUGCGCUCUGGUGUGGGCGCUGUCCCUGCCGCUGGUUCUGGUGCCCAGCCAUGCUUGUGGCCUGCUGACCGGCGGCAGCUCAUUUUUGACGUGCUUUCGGUACCAAGUGGCAAACAUCAUCUGCAUGUUCCUCCUCUUCUCUGUUCUUUGUGUGUCCAACUUUAUCCUGCUAGUCCGGGUGCAAUGCUGCUCCCAGAACGGCCAGAAGCCCCCAUUCUACGGUUUUAUCCUCCAGAUGGCCCCCUUGUUCUUCUUCUGCGGCCUCCCCUUCCUCACCUACUGGGCCUUAAAGAACACCAUCAGCUUCAUCGCGUCCUUUUUUUCCUUUUUCUUGUCCAUCGCGGAACUCCUGGCCUGUGUGAACAGCAGCACCAAGCCCGCCAUCUACUUCUUCAAUGCCAAGCACAGGCAGGAGCUCCAGAGGGCCUGGCCCAGGAGAGGGAAUCGCAGACUCACAGAGGCCCUGGAGAUGAGAGCCUGA